AUGGGAGUCACCUUUUCUUCAUUAUGGUCGCGUCUAUUUUCGAAACGAGAAACUAAAGUGUUGAUACUGGGAUUAGACAGUGCUGGCAAAUCAACGAUACUCUAUCGGAUAACGAUGGGUUCCGUCGUAGCUUCCGCACCGACCGUCGGAUCCAACCAUGAGAUAUACGAUUACAAAGGUGUACGAUUCGGCUUGAUAGAUAUAGGUGGACAGACUUCCCUAAGAUCAAGUUGGUCGCAGUAUUUCCUGGGGACAGAAGCGAUUAUAUUGGUCAUUGAUUCGAGCGAUAGUGCGAGAUUGGGUAUGGUCAAGCAGGAAUUAAUGAAAUUAGUUGCAGAUGAGCAAUUGAAAACAUCCCUUUUAUUGGUGUUGGCGAAUAAACAGGAUUUACCCAUAUCACAAGGACGUCUAACACCCGCUCAAGUUUCGGAAGCGUUGGGCCUGACAGAUCUGAGAGAGAGGGAAUGGCAAAUUAUGGGAUGUAGUGCGUUAACUGGGAUAGGAUUGUUCGAGGGUAUGGAUUGGUUAGUGGGUAAACUAGAAGCUAGAGGAUAA